CUCGAACUCUGAUGGCGAUCUCGAAAGCGGCUGUGAUUGUCCGUCACGUGACCUGACCCCUGCACGCGCUUCUCGGCUCUUUCCGCGCAACCAGAAUUUCCUGGACCUCCCGAUCGUGGUCUUCAUCAACAUCUCGCCAUUGGGGUGCAACCACAUCGUCAUGAGCGCCCGAAUACCCUCACGGCGGCUCGGGCAAUCCACCCUCGCAGCCCUCCGCCCGCACUCAACCACCUAUGGCAUAAACUCCACACUCCCUUGCCGCUCAUUCAGCUGUACCAUCCGUCUGAAGGCAGAUGACGCCCCGAAAGCCGAUCCCAAGAUCGCUUCCCCCUCGGAAGACCCUCUGAGUAACCCUGUCCUCGAAGAAUACCUCCGAAGGAAUAAACCUGGCACCAGAGUCGAAUCGCCCAAACCAAUCAUGGGAGAUUUAUCUUCCGCCUCAAUCUUUCAGCCCGAAAACGAGAAUCCGCGCUACCACGAGUCGCUUUCUCCCGAACAGCGGAAGGAGCUCAAGAAGCAAGAGGAAGAGCUAUCCAAGGCCGCCGACGCAAAGCGCGAGCACGACCUCCGGGCCCUCGCAAUAGACCCUGCACCACGUAAACGUCUUCGACUGGAGCGACGAUUAGUGAUAAGAAAUGCCGAAAGACACGGCCGCACCACCAAAGCCAUCAAGCUCGCCAGAACCGAACGCGAAUACACAUUUCGAUCAGAACAGCUCUUAACAAGCACGAAGAAGCUGACACGUCUAAUGCACCUGAUCGCCGGUAAAACAGUGGAAGAAGCCCUUGUUCAACUCCGCUUUAGCCCAAAGCGCAUCGCCAUUGAUGUUCGAAAGGCCUUGCAAAUCGCUCGCGAUAAUGCCAUGCUAGAGAGGGGUAUGGGACUUGGUGGUGGCCGAAAUGCGGCACAAGCGGUCUCUCAAGCCCACGAAGCCGAGGAUGCAGACGAGUCUCAAGUUUACUUGGCAGAUGGGUCACUACGUACUGCCCAUAAAGAUGAAGGCAAACUUAUCCAAUUAAAGGAUGGGUCCAAGAAGCGCGUCGCCGAUAAGACAGAGAUAUACAUUGACCAAGCCUGGGUGGGUGCCGAUAUUAGUACCUUCGGCGCUGAUCACAGGGCUAGAGGCAGAGUCAAUCGGCUCACACAUCGAACUGCCACAUUUUCCGUGCUCUUGAAGGAAGAGAAGACGCGCAUUCGCAUUUCGGAAGAAUUGCAGAAGAAGAGGGACAACCGGAAGUUGUGGGUUGCAUUGCCAGAUCGCCCUGUUACUACGCAAAGACAAUACAAUCUAUGGUAG